AUUAAGCUGUAAAUUAACCAGCAUAGCUUCUUUGACGAUGAAAAAUAUUUGAACACAAUUUUGUUUGCAGUUAUAUAGACAUGAAUCACAAUGACACAAUCUAUUGUUGUUCAAGUUGGACAAUGUGGAAAUCAGAUUGGUUGUAGAUUCUGGGAUCUUGCAUUAAGAGAGCAUGCAGCUGUCAACAAGAGUGGUAAUUAUGAUGAAUCAUUAAGCAGCUUUUUCAGAAAUGUUGAUUCACGAUAUGAUGAUCCAGCCAACAUACCAAUGGGUAGUGGUAAAGGAAAGAUUAAAGCACUCAAAGCUAGAGCUGUUUUGGUUGAUAUGGAAGAGGGGGUUGUCAGUGAAAUGAUGAAGGGACCAUUAAGAGAAGUGUUCGACUUUCAGCAGUUGAUAACUGAUGUGUCUGGUUGUGGAAAUAAUUGGGCUGUAGGACAUAAGAUGUAUGGCGCACAGUAUAGAGAACAGUUAUCUGAUGUUAUUAGGAGAGCUGCUGAGUUCUGUGACUGUCUACAGUGUUUCUUUAUUCUACAUUCCAUGGGCGGAGGUACUGGAUCUGGUGUUGGUACAUUUAUAUUGAAUUUGUUGGAAGAAGACUAUCCUGAUGUAUAUAGAUUUGUAACAGCAGUUUAUCCAUCAGCAGAAGAUGAUGUUGUUACCUCCCCUUACAACAGUGUUUUAGCCAUGCAUCAGUUAACAGAGAAAGCUGAUUGUGUCUUGCCUGUUGAAAAUCAGGCAUUAAUGGAUAUUGUUAACAAAAUAGGUCAGGCCAUACCCUCAUCUAGAACCGGUAAAAAGACAUUCUUCCCUACAGAUGUGAAGGCAGGAAGUGCUAUACAUAUGGGAGAUGGUGGACUGACAAAGACCUCAGAGGAAAAACCAUUUGAUAGCAUGAAUAAUAUUGUUGCAAAUCUUCUCUUGAAUAUGACAAGUUCUGCAAGAUUUGAAGGAUCAUUGAAUGUAGAUUUGAAUGAAAUCACCAUGAAUUUAGUGCCAUUUCCAAAGUUACAUUAUUUAGUGGCAAGUCAGAGUCCCCUUUACACAUCUGCAGAUGUCCACUUGCCACCCAGAAAAUUAGAUCAAAUGUUUUCCGAUGCAUUUUCCAGAGAUCAUCAACUACUGCGAGCAGAUCCUAAACAUAGCCUUUAUUUAGCAUGUGCCUUGAUGGUACGGGGAAAUGUAGAAAUCUCAGAUGUUAGGAGAAAUAUUGAAAGACUUAAACCAAACUUAAAGUUUAUCCACUGGAACCAAGAAGGUUGGAAGACAGGACUGUGUGCAGUGCCACCUGUUGGUCAAUCUUAUUCUUUACUGACAUUAGCUAAUAAUACAUGUAUACAACAUUCCUUUACAGACCUCAGGGAUCGAUUCGUUAAAUUAUAUAAACGCAAGGCACAUGUCCAUCAUUAUACACAUAUAGAAGGAAUGGAGGUAUCAGACUUUAACCAGAGCUAUGAAUCUCUUAAUACUCUGAUAGAUGAAUAUCAGGCACUGGAAAAACAAAUGCAUAAUCCACCGCCACCAGAACCAAGACUGCAGAUAAUGACGUGACAGCGAAAUAAAUUGUUGAUUUUA